ACCCGUUUCACGAUUGCUCAUUCGACAGGAGACAGUUGUAGCAGACGAACAAUACGUCACGUCACGAGCAGUAGAACGAGACAUCAAUAGAUAGUUAGCAGAUCGUUUCGUAAAUUCGGAUCUUUGUAGGGAUAAAGUUGGUGACGAAGUAUAUCUAGUCUUACUAUUACAACAAACAUGAUUGGAUUAAUCAAGUUUUUCAUUUUCGGUUUACUGACAACCCCUAUGGUAUCUUCUCAAUGUCUAGACUAUGCACCAGUUGCGAACGAUUGUUCAAAGUUUACGCGGUGUGUAGGUGGUACGACGUACGAGUUCCAGUGCCCUACUGAACUGGUGUUUGAUGUGUUUACGAACAAUUGCAAUUACCCCUUGCUAGUCGACUGCAGCGCACGUCCAACACAGUGCAGCUCUAACCCAUGCCAGAACGGCGGUACCUGUAACGUAAAUGGCGAAACAGGUUUCACGUGUUCCUGUAUCGCCCCCACAUUUGGAAGUUUAUGUGAACAAGGUGUACCGGAUAACUGUUCUCCUAAUCCCUGUCAGAAUAAUGGAGUAUGUAGUAUAUCAUUAACAGCACCAUUCGGAUAUAUGUGUGCUUGUCCAGAUCAAUUCACAGGUGACCAGUGUCAGACAUUUGUCCCCGAUUUCUGUUUCUCUCAGCCUUGUGAAAACGGUGGGUCUUGUAAUGACUUUCCUAGCGGACCAGUCUGCACCUGCCCUGUUAAUUUCUUCGGUGACCGAUGUCAAUUUUCAUCAGGAACACCAUGUCAACCUAAUCCGUGUCAACAGACUGGAUUCUGUACAGUAACCGGAACCAACACCUAUAAUUGUUCCUGUCCCCCGGGAACAUUCGGGAACACGUGUCAAUUCGGUACACUAGAUUACUGUGGAAGCACUAACCCAUGUAAUAAUGGCGGUACAUGUGAAAACGGACAAGGACAAUUCCAAUGCCGAUGUCAACCUGGUUUCUUCGGCAACUUCUGUCAAUUUGGUCAACCGAUAGAUUUCUGUCUUGACAACCAAUGUACGAAUGGUGCUGUCUGUGUACCAGAAGGUUUUGGUUAUGUUUGUACUUGUACUGUUGGUUUCAGAGGAGACCUCUGUCAAAUAGAUGUUUGCGAGAAUAAUGGAUGUAGAAAUGGUGCUACCUGUAUUCGACAAUCUACUACUAAUUAUGUCUGUCAAUGCCCAGUGGGAUUUACAGGCGAUUUCUGCCAAACACGUAUACAGAGUUGCCAGAAUAAUGCUUGUCAGAACGGUGCUACCUGUGUUAGUGGAAUAAAUAAUGAUUACACAUGCACCUGUCCUGUUGGAUUUUCCGGUCAAUUCUGUGAAAAUAACGGUGAGAUAGAUUAUUGUGUUAACAACGACUGUAAAUCAGGCUCCACAUGUAUCAACACUGAAACCAAUUAUACCUGUUCGUGUCCGUUUGGUUUUACGGGAACAUUGUGUGAAUUAGAUAAUUGCGCGGGAAACCAGUGUACUAAUGGCGCCACUUGUUAUAGACAAACAGUAGGCUAUUACUGCGCAUGUCGAACAGGCUUUACUGGAGACUACUGUCAGAAGGGCACGGAUCCUUGUGACAAUAAUAACUGUCAAAAUAACGGUGAAUGUGCGGCUAACAUACUUGGUGGGUAUGAUUGUAAAUGCCCUGCAGGAUAUACCGGAACUUAUUGCCAGUUUGAUCCUUGUUUCGUCAAUGAUUGCUCGUUUGGAUCUACGUGUACAUUUACAUCACGUGUAAAGGGUUACACGUGUGUUUGCCCUGCUGGGUUUACUGGCACACUGUGCAAUCAGGUUAUAACCAAAGAUCCAUGUGGAAGUGCUCCCUGUAAAAAUGGCGGUGUUUGUGCUAGUUCCGAUGUAAACUUUAAUUGUACCUGUCCAGAAGGUUACGUGGGAAAGGCCUGUGAAGUUCAAACGCCAUGUCCAGCUUAUCCAUGUCCCGACACCGUAUCAUCGUUCCGUUAUGCUGAUUGGGAUAGUUUUAACUGCCAGGGAUAUUACCGGUGUUCCGAUGGUAAUUUAGUACGCGAGUUUUGUUCGGGGGCAACGACAGCAUUCGAUCCGUUCACAAUGCAGUGUGAAGAACAGUCGCAGGACAACUUGUGUUUAGCUUACCAAUUACAGCAACAACUCGGUUUACCGACACAAUUAUAAUAAUUUAUUGGACAAAAAAAAUCAGUUCUUGAUCGAUGGCAGUUAUAAAUUAUUGAGAAAGGAAAAUACAAGAGUUCCGAUAAUUUGUAAAAUUUAUAAGAAGUAACUAAAUCGUUAUCAUGGCUGACAGCGAGCAUCUGUACAUAAAUAAAGAUGUCACCAUGUCAAUAUCAAUACGCCCAUUGACAUUGAUUGACAUGUGACAAGCUAGAAAACUACACCCAUUGACAUUGAUUGACAUGUGUCAAGCUAGAAAACUACACCCAUAAGUGUUCAAGGAUAUUAAUUGUUAUUGCCGUUCUUUUAUAAAGUUCUUUAUAACGUAUUUGAAAAUAUAUGAAAUUGUUGCUUAAGGUUCAUUAAUCAAUAAUCAACGACAAGGUCUACCUUAGGCCGGGUGUUGGGGACAUUCGGAACAUUAAUUCAUCUACCUGGAAUGAUGGUAGUGUUACGCCACCUCCCCGAGCGGCCCAAGAAUAGACCCCCCUGAACAUUUAUCAAUAAGACAGAAAAAAACUCUAGUCAUCGGUAAUUUUCAGCAGCAAGACGGAAUGAACUUUAAUCAUUCAGGGGAUACUCGAUUCAACAUUCCGGAAAUGAAUUCUCUAAAUCCCCCUAAAAAAGUGACAAUCGAGUGAAAAGUGGGAUUUCGGUCUACAAAGCAUGCCCCGACUGCAUAAGAAAAUAUCUCGACCAACCAUGACAACCGAAACAUAUUCGUUUGUGUUUGAUUACGUCGCGAUUCUACUCACGCCACCUCAGUUGUCAGAACUGUGACAGGACCGAAUUCCACGCCACUCGAUUGUAAUUCGGGAGACUCCGGACUGAUAAUCGAGCAUCCCCUCGUCGUAAUCUCGAAAUUCAAUAAUUUGUAAAGUUUUCUGUAAAAUGAUGUUUUAUAUUGUGUGAACUUGUGUUCUGUGUGAAAGCUGUUAAUUAUUAGGUUUUGUUUAGUGCAUAAAUAUUUCGUGUGUAAGGAUCAUAAAAUCCACCUUUAUUUUGUUUUGCGCCAAAAGUAAAUUCUAACUAAUAUUAGACCAGUUUUUCGGUUCUUUUGAAGGGAGUUUUUCCUGUUAACUUAAAGAACUCACACUUAAAGAUGUAUUCAUUUGAUAAUAAUAAGGUCAACAGUUGGUACUCACACUUAAAGAUAUAGUCCUUUGAUGAUGAUAAGGACAUUUAAACAAUAUAUCGAAACAUAAGAGUAAUUAAUGAAAUCACGCCCCCUUUAGUUUCCAUAUUUAAAUUAACAUUAUGUGGUAAAAGUUAAUAGUCUAGUCUACUUUCGUUUUAUAUAGAACAUUUAAUCAGUGGAGUUGGCCCCCUUGUCAAAGGAAUACAUUAAAUUAAACACAGUAGUCAACUUUUGUUUUAAAUGCAAAAUUUAUUCCGUUUUUAUUAAUCAUUCUGUCAACGGAAUACAACUUAAAAUUAGCACUCUUCAUGAAAAGUAAAUUGUGAGGUCUACUUUCGUUUUCUAUACAACAUUUAUUAAUUUUAAAUCUAAUGGAGCUUUCUAGGUAAAUAUACACGUAGACAAUAAACAUUCGCAUAAUAUAUUUUGAUAUAUAAAACAAACUGAUAUGGCAAGCAUGCUUCAAAAAUAUUCUGUUUGUAUGAUUUGUUUUUAAAUAAGGAGUUUUUUUUAGAUGUAAAUAUGUAUUUUAUUUCACUUUGUAUAUUUUUAUUAUUUAUUCGUUCGUCAUUUGUAUAAUCUAUUGAGGGUAACGAUUGCUUUGGUAUUGUUUUAUAAAUAUUAUAUUUCUGCCCGGUUUAUUCGUGUACUUCUAUUGGUGACUACAUAGAUUCAAUUAUCUGCUUUUUACCAUAUCGAAAUAACAAAAAAACAUUACAUCUCAGUCUGAUUGAAACACAGAUCCUAUUUCGUUUCGUUUUUAAUAGUUCAAAAUUUCGUUUUACUUGUGUUUAGUGCACCGGGAUCUUGAAGAGUUGUUAUAAAACCCGCGUUCUGGAUGAUGUGAGGGAUUAGCCAAUGAAACGGUCUGUUACGGCGAGUUCUUGACGUGAGGUGCACGGAAGUUUGGGUAAACCUCUUAGAAACAAGAACGCGGAUUGAUUUAUCAAUUCCUGACGUCAUAAGGUCAAAAGCCGCUUGUAUGACCUCUGACGCGACCUCCCACCACAACUGGUCAUAUAUUCAUGUAGUGUAGACCAUGGAAAGUAUAAACAAAACGAAACGAAAUAUAGAUGUGUAUUUUAAUCAGUUUGAUUAGAUGUUAACAAGUAUAUGAAAUUUUAAAUUUAUAAAAUUCAUCAAUUUGUUUUUUAUAUCUUGUACAUUCUUUGUUUAAUAUAUUGUAUGAAUUUUGAUUAAAGAAGCUUGAAGUUUGA